CAGAGAUAGGGGUUGGAGGUGACCAUGAGAAGUGUACUUGUCGCCGUGUAUUAUGGUAUUGGGUUGGUCAGUAUUUCGUCAUCUGUCGCCGGAACCGGAAAUGUGUGUAAUUCGUCACUCUUACCAAGUAAUGCAUCAUAUACUAACAAGAUAUAUAGUGAGGACAGCAGUGUCUGGCUGAACCCUGGACGUGGUUUUUAUCAUAAACUGAUGACGUCAUCAAAUGUAGCGGAAUUUGAUGCGAUAAAGGAGUCGACACUGGACUGUUGGCGGGGACGGGACGGUACCACGCUGUUGUUACGCCUCUAUCUAUUGGAUGACGUUUCAGGCGCUGCACUAUCCCAGAGCUUCCUUGACAACAUACGCCAUGACAUGACUACCGUACACAAGGCUGGUUGGAAUGUGGUACUAAGGUUCAUGUACAACACUGACCUGGACAUGACCUACAAUACACAAGCCUCGGAGCCUACAAUGGAAACAAUCCUGGGUCAUGUCAUACAGCUAAAACCAAUAUUCCACGACUUCGAGGGAAUUAUAGUGGCGAUACAGGCGGGCUUUCUAGGAGAAUUAGGUCUGUGGUAUGAACCAGACGUAUCAGGAGAGACGGCUCCACCUAACACAACUUACACACAGUUGUUCCGAGCGCUGUUCCAGAAUGUACCAGCAUCAAUCCCUUUACAAGUACCGAAGCCCGAGUAUAAACAGAAUUUCGUGUCCCAGACAAGUACUUCCUACUUCGAUAUCCUCACCAAAAGCGACAAAUUACGAGUAGGAUACUUCCAUGAAUGCCUUCUCGGCGGCGACACCAAUCACUUCAUCAACGCGUUUCCUAGACUGAAUCUUGGCACUCUACCCAAUAUGACUUAUGUUACUGUGGAUACCAAGUAUAAUAUAAUGGGCGGUAGAACUUGUCAUCCCGGCGAUACCAACAACCAAGAUCUGUGCGCCGAUUCCCUGGAGAUGUUUGAGAAGAUCCAUAUGACGUAUUUGGAUGUAGAGGAUCCUGAUGAAACACUGAAAUAUUACAAACAUCAUAACUGCUUUACUGGUAUCCACAGCCGACUCGGCUACCAGCUGUUUCUUCACACAGUUGACCUGCCAACUGCGGCAAACGCUGGGGAAUAUAUGUGUUUCCACGUCAGUCUAGUAAACAAAGGCUUCGCUACACCCGCCCGGAACCUGGACAUAUUCCUCGUCCUGGAACUCAACACAACCGUAGUAUACAGAGUUGACCUGCACCUCAGGAAGGGGUCUGAGAAACUUUGGCAGCCCGGACGCGCAGAAAUACCACUGGUUACAAAGUCAGUUCAACUGGUCAGCGAUAUGCCUCUUGGACAAUAUAAGGUGUACCUCGCCCUUGCCGAGCCAAAAUGGCUGAACGAUUCCAAUUAUUACAUACUUCUUGGAGGAGAGUACCAUGGCCAGCCCACUGCCAAUCCUAUAACAGGUUUCAACUACUUAGGCGAGGUUCAGAUUCUCCCACCCAAAGCAGUUUCCUCCUCUUCGCAAUCCUCCUCUUCCUUCGCUCUUCCCUCGGACUCUAUGCAACCUUGGUCUGCGCCAAUGCACACAAAACAUCUUAGGAAUUGGACAGCAGGAAGUAUACCGCCGAGUUGUACAGCACUGCCGUCUGAUAAACCGUCCACAAUAGUACCACCUACAACUACUCCCGUGAUCCCAACAGGGGUCACUCAUCAGUUUCACCGUUACGUAACAUGUGACUCAGUGGAGGUGACGAAAGCUUUGUUAAAGUAUACCUACUUCAACUCGUCUAUGGCUCUACCUUGUCCAGACACAAACCCACAUUCGUCGGAGUCCAUCUUACAGCGGUUUUGUCAGGCACCUCCAGCUUCGAGAUGGGUCCCUUUGUAUGGCGUAAAGGUGAUAGACCACUGUGACGACAUAGCAAAGUUUACUCCAGUAGCAUUCUUUAAGUCUCUUCUUGGCGUCUCUGUAUACGAUCGUGGAUUAAAUGGAGGAAUGGCUGGCGUGUUCUUCGGCUGUGUGGAAAAAGACGGAGUUCUUAAAAGUGUCAAGAUCGGUAUCCAGCUGUGUGGUUUCCCGUUUGACGUCGCCCUGAUCCAUCCCGGUGAUGUGGAUUUACAGUCGCUAUACGUCGUCAAUCUUUUGUAGGAACUGUCCGGCGUAUUAUUCCCUAAUAAACACGUGUAUUUAAACUCUACUGUGUAGACUAUAUCUGACAUGGUAUGAAGCAUCUACAAUGGCAAGAUGUCACCUCAACUAAAACCUUAAAUUGAACUUUCAACAUUUUAAUUCUUUGAGGCUAUUUUAAUAAUUAGUAUUAUUAGAAGCUCUUGUCAAUUAAACUUCUCGCCAUUUUUCUCUGGGAAUUCGGUUUGUAUGACUGGUAGAUAUAUCCAAGACGGUUGUCCUUGACGAAGUCUAAGAGGCUUAUCCUUUCGGGACACCUGGUCUUGUACAUUUUAAGGGUACCCAUGCAACUUUA